GGUUACCAUGGCGAGCGGGCGGGACCGGCCGUCGGGCGGGCCUAUCAGGGAGGGCGCUGCUGGUGUCGCCAUGGUGACGGGGUUGUUCCCGGGGAGGCUGUGAUCGGUUGACAGGUGUGUGACAAUCGGAGCUUUCUGCAAGCAUGUACGCCAAAGGCAAGAGUAACAGCGUACCGUCCGACAGCCAGGCCAGGGAAAAAUUAGCGCUAUAUGUAUACGAAUACCUUCUACACGUGGGAGCACAGAAGUCAGCUCAGACAUUUCUGUCAGAGAUAAGAUGGGAAAAAAACAUCACAUUGGGCGAACCCCCAGGAUUUCUCCAUUCUUGGUGGUGUGUAUUUUGGGAUCUGUAUUGUGCUGCUCCAGAGAGACGGGAAACCUGUGAACAUUCAAGUGAAGCAAAAGCUUUUCAUGACUACAGUGCUGCGGCUGCGCCCAGUCCCGUACUGGGAAAUAUGCCACCGGGAGAUGGAAUGCCAGUGGGCCCGGUUCCUCCUGGAUUCUUUCAGCCUUUCAUGUCUCCUCGUUAUCCAGGUGGUCCACGUCCCCCCUUAAGAAUACCUAAUCAGGGACUUGGGGGUGUUCCUGGAAGCCAGACGUUACUUCCCAGUGGGAUGGACCCUUCAAGACAGCAAGGUCAUCCAAAUAUGGGUGGACCAAUGCAGAGAAUGAGCGGCCCCAGGGGAAUGGUUCCUCUUGGUCCACAGAGCUAUGGAGGAGGGAUGCGACCACCUCUUAAUGCUCUUGGUGGUCCAGGAAUGCCAGGAAUGAACAUGGGACCUGGAGGGGGAAGACCGUGGCCCAACCCUGGCAAUGCAAAUUCAAUACCUUACUCAUCUGCAUCUCCCGGGAAUUAUGUAGGUCCUCCUGGUGGUGGUGGUCCUCCCGGCACACCUAUUAUGCCCAGCCCAGCAGAUUCCACAAACUCUGGAGACAAUAUGUACACAUUAAUGAAUGCAGUUCCUCCUGGCGCCAACAGACCUAAUUUUCCCAUGGGCCCUGGAUCAGAUGGUCCAAUGAAUGCAUUAGGGGGAAUGGAACCGCACCAUAUAAAUGGCUCAUUAGGCUCAGGGGACAUGGACAGUAUUUCCAAGAACUCUCCAAACAACAUGAGUCUGAGUAACCAGCCAGGCACGCCAAGAGAUGAUGGUGAAAUGGGUGGAAAUUUCUUAAACCCCUUCCAGAGUGAAAGUUAUUCCCCCAGCAUGACAAUGAGUGUGUGA